UGGGGAGAACAGAUGUAUAGGUGGAGGGAUGGUAACAACGAUAAGAAAGCUAGUACAUCAAGCUGAGACAUACAAGACUAAAGGUGAAAUUGAAUGACCUGAAAAUGGAUCCAUCUUCUACUGCGCUACCAGCAACCAUUAUAGAACAAGCUGCCUCGCGGCUAGGAUGCAGCCCAGCAGACGAGAAACUUGCUUUUCACUUAGAUGAAGAAGAUGAGUUAAAGCAUCUUCGUGAAUGUUUCUAUAUCCCGAAAGUCAAGGAUCUGCCUCCAACUGACCUGACUCUGGUGAAUGGAGAGGAGAGCUGCGUAUACUUUGUUGGGAAUUCUCUUGGGCUCCAGCCAAAAAAAGUUAAAACUUACCUGGAUGAAGAACUGGACAAGUGGGCUCGAACAGGUGUCCAUGGCCACUUCAACGGGCAGCGCCCAUGGGCACUGGCGGACGAAUGCCUCGUGGACCAGAUGGCUGAGCUGGUUGGGGCCCAAGGACAUGAAGUAGCCUUAAUGAAUGGACUAACUGUUAAUUUGCACCUUCUGAUGCUAUCUUUCUUUAAGCCUACUCCAAGACGUUAUAAAAUUCUUCUGGAAGCCAAAGCCUUUCCCUCUGACCAUUAUGCUGUUGAGUCCCAGCUUCGAUUUCAUGGGCUCGAUGUGGAGAAAAGCAUGCUCCUGCUGCGGCCACGGGAGGGGGAGGAGACCUUGAGGAUUGAGGAUAUUCUUGCUGUGAUUGAGGAGGAAGGGGACUCUAUUGCUGUCGUUCUGUUCAGUGGGGUGCAGUACUACACAGGCCAGCUGUUUGACAUCCCUAGAAUAACAAAGGCUGGCCAAAAAAAGGGUUGCUUUGUUGGAUUUGACCUGGCUCAUGCUGUUGGGAAUAUAGAGCUCCAUUUGCAUGACUGGGGAGUGGAUUUUGCAUGCUGGUGCUCCUACAAGUAUUUAAAUUCUGGAGCAGGAGGCCUCGCUGCUGCCUACAUUCACGAGAAGCAUUCCCAGAGUAUUCAACCAGCGUUAAUCGGCUGGUGGGGUCAUGACUUCAAAACACGAUUCCUCAUGGAAAACAAAUUACAACUAUGUAAAGGAAUUAAUGGAUUUCGGUUAUCAAAUCCUCCAAUUUUACUGGUCUGUUCUCUCCAAGCUAGUUUAGAGGAGACCAGACAUUCCGUGCACAAAGCCUGAGCGGACAGAUUUUUGCAUCCAUCCCUCAUCCUGCCGCAAAGCACAGAGGAAUAGGAGACAGGUCUUCGUUUUUACCUCCAGUGAUGUGCUAAAUGGCUGUGGGUAUGCUCUGCCCGCCUGUGUGGUGAAGAAAGCACCUCUGGAUUUCUGUUGACCUGUGUGUAUAGUGGCUGCUGGUGACUCUGGUCCCUGCCACAUUGAUUUCCGUGCCUGCAAAGCCUGUCUUACAGCAGCCAUAUUUUAAUAGUUGGGAACACAGAAGGAAAAUGUAGUUUUGUGCAGCCUUUAGUGGUUGCAGGGUGGAGUAGUACCUGGGAUAUUCUACAAAAUUUCCAGAUGCUGCUGGAAACCAGGCUUUGUUGUAUCUGUGGUGGGACUUCUCAGCUACCUCUUUAUAUGCUCUUUGGGGUGUAUGUAAGGUAAUGUAUAUACCAAUCUUCAAAGUGUGACUCCUUCAGUCUGGAGCAAUGAUUUUCUGAGAGUGAAGAUGGUGGACUUUUUGUGCAAGACCUCACCUUGCCUCUGUUUUUGCAGCUGCAGCCCAUGGAGACAUGAUUGUCCAAGCAGCUAUAUAGCAGCCAAGAGCCUCAAUGUGACCUAGAUAGACAACUGUCUACUUUGAUGCCUAUAUUUUGCCACUUUCCCCCAGCAGCUACUUGUAUGGGAAGAAGGGAAGAUCUGUGCAAGGCAGGAGUUGCAUUUUCUACUGUUCCCUGUAGCUGAGCUUUUCCCUGUGCACCAGCAGGAGAGGAGCAGGAGCUGCAUGGCCUUCCAAGCUGUUGUGCCAAGUCGUUUGUGCUUGUAUGCGUGACAAAGCAGGACUGCCAUUUUUAAGCAAUCAUUUUUCCAUGUUUCAUGAUGUUCUGAUACAGAUUUUUGUUUGUUGGAGCCCAUGAGUUCUUACAGCUGUAUAAGAGCACAGUGCUAUUAAACCAGUCAAACAAAUACUGUUUCUUUAUGUGGAUUACAAGAGGCAGAACCUUGGAAGGCUUUCUACUCAGGACAGAAUAUAAUUAAGCAAAUUUUGUGUUUUUGAAAAUAAGAGUUUGUAGAUUAGUUAUAAUGUUUGCCUUGGCCUUUUUAUUACUUGAGGCAUAGUACCAUUUUCUGUAUGAUUUUGCUUUAUGCAGCCUUGUUGUGUAUCUUCAGAUUUACGAAUGGAUGCUGUCUUAGAAAACUGGUUUUGUGUACAUGUGUAAAUUCAUUUACGUGUGAAUUCAUUCAUGUGUGGAGAAAUCUUUAAUAAGAGGCAGAAAUUUUUAAUUAUCUAAAAGUAGCAAUGCUAUGCUGUGUUUCCAAGAGCCUAAUCUUACCACGUGUACCUAUAAUAUCUACCUGAUAUUAACACCUCAGUUCAAAGAUAGUAUGUGUGGAGAAAUCUGAAACCUGGCAAAG